AUGUCAGGUAUUGACUACAAGACGACAACUAUUCUUCUGGAUGGCCGACGAAUCAAGCUGCAGCUCUGGGAUGCAUCAGGGCAAGGGAGAUUCUGCACCAUAUUUCGGUCAUAUUCAAGAGGUGCUCAGGGUGUAAUACUAGUGUAUGACAUUACAAAUCGUUGGUCAUUUGAUGGCAUCGAUCGAUGGAUAAAAGAAAUAGAUGAGCAUGCUCCGGGUGUACCAAAAAUCCUGGUUGGAAAUCGCCUUCAUUUAGCCUUCAAGCGCCAAGUGUCUACGGAACAAGCACAGGCCUACGGCGAGCGGUUGGGCAUGACUUUUUUUGAAGUCAGCCCUCUUUGUAAUUUCAAUAUUACAGAGUCCUUUACUGAGCUUGCAAGAACAGUGUUGAUGAGACAUGGAAUGGAGAGGCUCUGGAGGCCGAACAAGGUACUGAGUCUGCAAGACCUUUGUUGCCGUGCCAUAGUUUCCUGCACCCCUGUGCAUCUCGUUGACAAGCUCCCUCUCCCUAUUGCCUUACGAAGCCAUCUCAAAUCCUUCUCCAUGGCCAACGGCCUUAAUGCCAGGAUGAUGCAUGGACGCUCGUACUCCCUCAAACCCAGCAACACCAGUAAAAGGAACAGCCUAAAGAAAGCUAAAAUUGUCCGUCUACCGCAGAGCCCACCAAAAAACUGUACAAGAAACAGCUGUAAAAUUUCCUGAGCCCUCUGUGGGAAAAGAAACCUGGAUGGGAUCCCCCCACAUGGCGUGCAGAGCGCAAGGACUCUGUGUUCAGUAGCUGAGUGUGUUCUAUGUGUGUAUCACAUUGCGUAGAGCAAAAAGAAGAAAAAACUAAUUUCAGAGCUUGCUCGCAAAGGCAAUGCUGCUUUGGGAUGAAUGGCAUGUUAAGUGCACCUGAAAGGAUGUGAUGUUUUGCUGUUGGAUUUUUCAUACUGUGUUUUAGUUUUUGAUGUGCACAAUGCCAUUGUUUUUACUAGCAGCUGUGUUUUUAAAUAGGAAAUAAUAUACUUAUUUUGAGUUCUUUAACUACAUGAAAUCUGGAAAGUGACUUACUAUGUAUAUAAAAACCUAUGUAUUUGCAAACUUUGUUCAAAAAUACUAAAAAGAGUGUUUGGUUUGCAUAUGCAG